CCUCUGCUCCCUCCCCAAGUUGCCUUGAGAACCGUACCAAGCUGGACCUCGCUGCUUAUCCCCUCCACGUCGCGUUCUUAGUCAUGUGCUUAAGUUAGACAGAUAGGUGUCACACUACCCGGUGUCUAUCUCCGUGGAGGAAAUUCGGUUCUGGCUGGUGUCUCCGAAUUUUGUAUUCGUCAAGCUGAGGUGAGGUCCGUAGUUAAAAAAAGGUAGUGUCAGGUUAAUACGGGGUUAGGUCGGGCCUCUCCUGCUCGGCAAACUACCGACGACGCAGCAUCGAGUCACGCACGCCCAUGUCCUUACUCGGUGCACCUCCCACUGUUGAGGCGCCUUCUCACACCCGUGCGCCUUCCCACUCGCGUUCUCACUCCCUCUUGCACGGCCGCCGCCAUUCGCGCUCCUCCUCGCUCGUCUUCUCGGAGGCUUUUCCGACGCAAAUCUCACACCAGCGCGACCCGUCCUUCGCGGAAUGGACCGGCGGAAAAGAUCCGCGCGCGCUUCCCUCCGCCUCCCCCCCUCCGCAACUCUCCGCUCCGCCGCUGGCACCGGCGGACUGUUCCCCUCCGCUGGACUCCUCCCCUCCGCCAAACCUGUUCCCCCUUAAGGGGCCGCAACCCCCGGCCCCGCUCCCGUCAUUACCGCAAAUAGGCAAGGUGAAGGAGCAAUGGCGGUCAAUCUCAACCCUCUCGCUCCCGCGCGCCUUCUCCGGCCGACUCGAGCACCUCGCAAUUCCCUCCCCUUCGGUCGAGCACCCCUCCAAAAACCGCCCGCAUCCCUUCUCUCUCUUCCUCUCCUCCCUCCACGAUUCCCCGUCCGAGAGCUCCGCGGAGCCCUCCCCCGCGUCUCUUAACUCCCCCAACUCCCCCAACUCCGCAAUCUCCCCCGACUCGCUCAUCUCCCCGUGCUACUCCUACUCGACCGCUACUACCUCCGCUGCGUCGACUCCCUUCGGCGGCCUGCCCUCUCUCUCCUCUCUCACCACCACCCCUUCUUCCGCCGCCUCCCCUUCCCCCUGCGCCUGGUCCGACCUGUCCCCCUCCGUCGCCUCCUCCUGCUCCUCCGCCGCCUCCCCGCACCCGCUGCUCCGCCUCGCGCUCGACAGCCCCUCCAUGUGGAGCCCUUCCGCUUCCGCUUCCGCCAAGGGCGCAGCCGCGCGCCUGUUGGACAGCCCGCGCAGCCGGUGCCAGAGCCCGCUGAGUCAGAACAGUCUUCCGCCGUCGCAUCUGCAUCCCGCCGCCUACCAUGGCGCGCUCUCGCGCUCGGGGAGCGGCGCAGCCGCUGCGCCCAGCCUGCUGGGGGGAGCCGCCAGCACCUCCUCCGGUGCCGAUGGCGCUGCCGGCGGUAACAUGAGUAGCCAUGCCGCCGUCAGCUGGAGCACCGGUGGCGGAAGCGGUACCAGUAGCGCCCAUGCGGGCGAGCGCGGGGAAAGCGCGGAAAUCAUCACCGGCGGAAGCAGUACCGCUGCAAUUCCCCAGUUCGGCCGCUCCGGCUCUGACACGUGUCCGGAAUCAACGGCGCACCAGCAUUCCGCGCUCGACUGCGGAUUGACGGGUACGGCGGCUGCAGCAGCCGUCGCCGCUGCUGUUGGCGGGCCAUGGGCGGUAAUUGAUCGAAGCAGGGGGGAGAGCGGCACAGGGGCGGAUAGGCGAGCGGAACGGUGGGCCGAGGGCAGCAGCGCUGCGGAGGGCCGCGCGCAAGAACAGGUGGGCGGGGAGCGCAACGCGCAAGCGGGUGGCAUGGACGGGGGCGCGGAGAGGAGCUGGGAGACAGGCGGCGGAAGUGGAAGGGGUAAGAGCAGCGGGCAUGGCAGUCGGGGGAGAGGGCGAGGCGGCAGCGGCAGCGGCAGCGGCAGCCCGAGCGGGAGCGGAAGCGAGAGCGGGAGCCCGAGCCGGGAGCGGAUGCUGCACGCCGUGUCGUCGCUGACGCUGCUGCGAGACGUGCUGGAGCGAGAGAAGUACAGCCAGCAGCGACGCAAACAGCCGCCGCAGCAGCCGCAGCAGCAGCAGCUGAAGCAGACGCAGCAGGGGCAGCAGCGACAGCAGGAGAGGGGUGUGGGAAGUGAGGCGGAGAGCGAGUCUCCCGGGCGAAGAAGGCGGUCUAAGGAUGGCAGCGGGAGUGGCAGUGGGAGUGAAGGGGAGCCGGGCAGCCGCUCCGGGAGACACAGGCGCGAUAGCUACAGCCACAGCCACAGAGAAGGUCAGAGAGACAGUGACGGUCACAGGCACAGGCAUCGGUACGAGGGGGUCGGUGAGGAGAGCAGUGAGCGGCAGACGCACAGGCAGAAACGGCACCAGCAGCUCUACGAGCGUCACCAUCACCAGCACCAGCAGCAUCAGAGUGGGGACGACAGGAGGCCGCAGCAGCAGUUGGAGCGAUCGGCGCAGGGGAGGGAGAGGGACAGGGAGAGGCGAGAAGCGGGCGAUUUCUGGCUGUAUAAGCCGUCCAGUGCCAGCCCGCAGCAUAUGUCGGUGAGCAGGAGCAGCAGCGGUGGCAGCACGGGCAGCAACGGCAGCAGUGUGUGCAGCAGCAGCAAUGCCAGCCCCAGCCCCAGCAGCCGACGCUCCCUGUCCCCUCUCGGCUCCCUCCCUAGCUCUCCCCAUUCGCCUUUCUCUCCUUCUCCUGCUGGCGUGUCCUCCGCCCUGCAGGCUAGCCAUUCCGAACCACCAUCUCCUCUCCGCUCUCUCCCAUCCUCCCACCGAUCCCCUCUCCCAACAUCUCUCUCCUCUCCCUCGCAGCCAAGUAGCCACCACCAGAGGCAAGCCCCACUGUCAUCUCAUGCCCCGGGCUCCAAGCGCCGGUGGCUGCUCUCGCUUCUCCGUGGCAGUAGCAGCAGCAGCAGCAGCAGCAGUGGGGCUAGCAGCGGGAGCAUCAGCGGCAAUAGCAACAGCAACAGCAGCAAUAGCAGCAAUAGCAAUGAAAGCAACGGCGACAAAGGCAGCGGAGGUAGUGCGUCCGGCGCCAGUGGUACCAGCAGCAGGAGCAGGAGUGGCAGCGGCAGCGGCAGCGGCAGCGACGGUGGUGGUGGGAGGAGCAGCAAGAGCACGAGCGUCGAUAAGGUGCAGCAGACCCAGGGAUCGACGCACAGCCCAAGGCGCAGGCUUGGGCUCGGCCUAGUGGUUGGGACAAGUGCAGCGCUCAGCCCCUGUGGGGCAAAGAAAGGAAACGAUGAGGACGAGGGUGAUUUGAGGAGUGGGGGUAGUGGUGAAGAGAGGCCUGCGAGAGUAGGGCGGACAGGGCAUGUGAUGGGUGAGCGUAUGGGAUAGGCGUGCCGCAUAGGAUUGCCCACUGAUGCUGCAGGGGGGAAAGGAUUCGAGAAGGAGAGAAGUGAGGUGUCUGAGAGCAGGGAAAAGGCGGAACGUGUGGGUGCGAAGCAGGGCGAGGGGAAGGGGUCAGCUGGGCAGAUGGAGGAUCAGGUGUGGGAAGUGACUGCAUGCCUUCGACCUAAAGCGCAGUAACUGUUGGAUUGGAAUAGAGAGAGUAGAGAGAGUUAUCCUCCCCAUUCAGGCUAUCAGAUUGGUAGCUUGCUCUCAGCGAAGCUUCUUCAGUGUCAUGGCUGCCCUACAUUCCCUGUACCGUAGAAACAGUGUGUGCAUAUUCCAGUGGACGUUCUCUUGCCCCAUGCCAUCAAUGCAGCACUGCUGCAGCAGCAACACCCACUAUGUAUAUGUACAACCGCGUGGAGAACGAAUGGCUUCACCUCAGUAUG